AUGUAUAACACAUCCAAUAAUUUCCAUCUCCUCCCGGAGUACCUUCCAGACGACAUCUCCCUUAAGCAGGGUCUCGCAGGGAGUAAGUCUCCAAACGACUUUGGCGCUGGGUCGUUAAGGUCGUCUUUGAGCGCUUAUAAUGGAAUCAGCGGUGGCAACGCUUCCAGUACUGGUGCCACCGGCUCAUAUCGCCUUCGUCAACCAGACAGUCUCCCCUCACAAUCUUAUUCAAACACGAACGAGAUAUUUGGGUCCCAUCAGCCCUUAAAUUUGCAGCACCAACUCUCUCAGCAAUCUCAGCAGAGUGCUUCUAGGUCUGCCGCAUUCGAGUCACGUAGCGGGUAUGACUUCGGAACCAGCUCUCCGCUAGGAGGCGUAAAGGUUCCUCAACAAUUUUCUUCCUUGGACCCGUUCCUCCAAGCGCAUUCCUCCAAGGGCCAACAACAAUCACAGGUCCACGACGCUUAUCAUCCAUUGUCGCACAGUAACUCCGGUUCUCAGAUGCCUUACCUGAAUGGCAUGCACCUCCAAAGCCAGACGCCUUACGGUCCCCACUUACAGUCUAACGGUGGCGCUGCAGGAGUGCCAGCAAGCAAUGCAAGGCCCAUGGGUAGCGUUGGGCAGAUGAAUUUAAACGUCGAGUCGCAGAGUGUCAAUAGUGGACUGCCAGAAGAGAUCUCGACCAUUUUUGUGGUUGGAUUUCCUGAUGAUAUGCAGGAGCGUGAGUUCCAGAAUAUGUUUACGUUCUCUUCCGGCUUUGAAGCUGCGACCCUCAAGAUCCCAAACAAAGAGUAUACAGCAUACGGGUCGGUCGGUGGAACGACUUCGACUACUCCAUCUGGUCUCCCUCUUCGUGGAGGUGCCUAUGCCGGUUAUUUAGGCGCCGGUUCUAAUGAUCCUUACAAUAUCGUCACCGUCAAUCAAGGAGGGGUUGUGAUCGACAAUGGACGAGAUGGCCCAACGACCUCCUGGCCACCCCUUGCCAUGCCGCUAGACGAGCCUUCGCACUUCCAAGUGGGCCAAGGACUAGGUGGCCAGCCACCCCGAAAGCAGAUCAUAGGCUUUGCCAAGUUUCGCACUCGUCAGGAGGCGCUUGAGGCAAGAGACCUGCUUCAAGGCCGCCGCGUCGACAUCGAGAAAGGUGCAAUCCUGAAAGCCGAAAUGGCGAAGAAGAACUUGCAUACCAAGCGAGGUGUUGGCAUGGGUGCUACGACAUCUGGAGGUGGCGGAAGUGUUUCUCUUGGUAGUGGUAUGGGGAACAUCGGAGGCUUGAAUGGAAGCGGAAGCAUGGGCUCGCUUAGCGGUCUUGGAAGUAAUGCUGAUAUAAUCGCUAAUCUCGCCGGCCUGAGUCUCAACAACAAUCUCAAUUUGAACAAUCUGGCUGCGCUUACUGGCAACAAUUCUGAUAUUCUCUCCCCGCGCGAGAGGGAGUUAAACUCAGUGGGGCUGGGCGGGUCUGGCUGGCGCGAGGGGAGGCUCGGGGACAGCAGCGAGGAUGAGCGGGAGAACAACAUCCGUGACAGGCGCAGGGAGGCGCUUGGCCUCGGACUCGGUUUGAUGCGAGGUGCUCGUGAACGCGCUCAGGCUGAUGAAGAAGAGAGGGUCAGGCGUAGCAAGGACCUCAAGCAGUUCCAGACUGACGCUUCUCGAAUGUUGCCGGGAAAUACUCCCGCUUUUGAAGCCUUCCAUUCGGUUUCCGCCCCCACUUUAUCCCGUCAUUCUCAGAGUAGUCUCCUUUCUCCUACGGGUGGGUCGAUCUCCAUUUCUGGACUGACUGAAGGUGGAAGCAGUGGUCACAGCCCGCUUAUGGGAAAUGGAUAUGGUAACAUCAUCGCUCAGACUGGUCGGGAUGGCUCCAGCAAUAUAACUCCUGACCACAAUGGUCUUCGCGAGUCCCGCAGUAUCGGACCUUGGGAUGCGCCUUCUCCGCGUGAGAGGGAGGCAUCCGGUAUUCCGCAAACCCUUUCGUCACUGUAUGCAGCUCGGAAGUCCUCUAUGAUGCCAGUUCGACCUCCAUCCCCUCAGGACGAGUCUCCCCCUCUUUCUCACGCAGCCUUCUCACCAAGCGAUGAGGACGAUAUGAUGCUUCCACCGCACCGUUCUGGCGCGUUGCGCUCGCUUUAUCCCCUAUCUUCCCAGUUGGAAGAGUCUUUACAUCUGCAGAGCCAGUCUCAAACGAUGGCACCUGGCAGCGCUACGUCAAGCUCCGCUGGAGGGUUUGAGGGUGACAGGCCGGUCCUCCUUGCAGUCAGCACCAGUGCACAACCGAGUUCGGGCAGUGCUAGUAUCGGCUCACCUCAGCUUCCAUCGCCUGCUUCCCAGUCGGGAUCUGCAAGUUCGUCUGCUGGAAUGAAUGGAGGGGGUAGUGCAACCAGUGCGGGGAACGCUGUCGGUGCGGGCCCUAGGAAUGUCGUUGUCGACCAGAACCCACCUAUCAAUACAUUGUACGUGGGCAACCUUCCGACAGGGUCCGUUGGCAGUGGUUAUCCUGCUGGAUUUCUGGAGGAUAGCCUGAGGGAACUUUUCUCUCGGCGCCCGGGGUAUAGGAAGUUAUGCUUUAGACAAAAAAGCAACGGUCCAAUGUGCUUCGUUGAGUUCGACGAUGUGCAUUUUGCCACGAAAGCUCUCAAUGAACUGUAUGGUAAUACCCUCGGUAGCAUCGUCAAGAAUGGCGGUAUCCGCUUGUCAUACAGCAAGAACCCAUUGGGCGUACGCACACCAACUAGCGCUGGUACCGGUGCAUCCUUGGUUCAACAGCAACAAGGCAACGUUCACUCUGGUGUUGCAUCGCCCUUUCCCCCUGAGUCAUUCCAAGUUCGCCACCCAUUCGAUGUCGAUGCGUCUAUAGGGAUAAGGCGCGAUAGCUCGAACACCGCAUCUCUAUCCGGGGCGUAUGGCUACUCAAGAUCACCGCCCCCUCCACGGUUCUUCUCUCCACCUCCGUCAUCCACGAACUUCGGUAUGGCACCCGCGCCGCCUGUUAGCAAUGCGAACGCCUUCCCUCGUGGCUCGCAAGCCUUUGGGCUACCUUCACCUACUGGUGCACCUUCAACCUUUUCGCCAUUCGGUCUACCACCUUUGUCACCUCGUUCGCGCGCGAAUGGUCUCCCUCCAUCGCAUGCCUUGAUACCCGAUCAGAGCUCAGAAGGUUCCCUGGCUCAUGAUCACCCGCAGCAUUUCCCGCAUCGCGCUUUGUCGCCUUCAUCGACCACACUAGAGGCCGCUAGGGCCGGUUAA